UAUUUCUUUCAAAAAAUUCAAUAUAUUUGUAAAAUAUAUUCAAUUAAAAUCGAAAGGAGAAAAAAAUUAUGCUUUAUACAAUUAUCUCCUUUUUUUAAUAGGAUCUAGUUUGAUAGUAUUUUUAAUAGUAACACCCUGCCGGUUUUAACACUCGUCCCUAGUGCUCGCAAUGCUUCAGGUACGUUCAUUCUAACAAGCUACCUCUUAAAAAAAAUUGCUUAUUUUGAAAAGCUUCGCGGAUAUGACUUUUAAAUACCGCAGCGCUCAGCCUCUCAAGUAUUCUGAGCAUGGCAACCGUACAAUUUUAAGGAUUAUAUAUUUGAUGGCAAUUAUAAAUGAAAACAGGUCAUUUGCAAAAUUAAUCACUACGAGAAAUCCAACAUUGACGAUUAGUAAAAUCCACAAAAUAAUAAAAUAAAAUCGCGUUUGGGACAGAAAUUUAACAUGCAGGAAAGUGAGGUGGUUUGGAGCCAAGAAGAACAUUUAUUCGGUUCGAAAACUUUGGAAGGCGUAUCAUUACACGCGCUAAGCGAUGUGCAAAAUCAAAGAUAUAAAUUAAACAAUAAUAAAUUGUAAUCUGAAGUAUAAAAAUAAUUUAAAAAAUAAAUUCCAGCAAGGGAUAGUCGGUCUUUUUUUAACCCUAACAAGUGAUAAAUAUAAGAAAAGUAAUCAGAUACCAUAUUUACAAAAAAGUGACGAAACAUUUGAAUUUUGGUUUGUUCCUUUGAAAGAGCAAAAUAUCUUUGAUAUUUUUUGCAUCUAGACUUUUCUGACUUGACUACUUUCUGCACGUUAAUAUUCGUUAAUAUAUUUUGAUGGUAAGGUAAAUUAAAAAAAAAACGAACAAACUAAAGCGUUACCAAUAAUAUUAAUCUCAAGUAAAAAUGCAAUUUUCGCAAAAAUUCUGAUGCUAGUAAACUAAAUAUUCAGUAUUUUAAAACGGAUAGGAGAAAACGAUAGACAAGGGUACACUUCCUACGAAAUUCAAAAAAAUUUGCAGCAUAGUUUGUGUUUCAUGCGUAUUAUAUAUCAGCUCUAUUUAAGUAUGGGUACUAAAUUUUUCAGAUCAUGCGCAUAACAUAUUCCUUUAUUAUUAAUAUGAUAAAAAUUCAAUCUCAAUUCACAAAAAUUAUGCAGUUGAUAUUAUUAACAUCGCGUGUAUUAAGCCUAUGUUGAAACAUUUAAGCGAAGAAUGCAUUCAGUCAUUCAUCUUCGUGAAUAUGAAACUAAAUGUUAUACAUAAGUUUUCUUUUUUAUUAAGUAGCCCUACUAAAGUCGCAAUAUUAUUUCCAUUAACCAUAAAAUGCAUUUUGUUUUAAUAUGAGCAAUGUCAUCUUCAAAUACAAUAAGUUUUCAAGUCAACCAGAAUGACUUUAAAAAUCAACAAAAAAAGAUAUCUGAACUGCUGAAAGAACUUCGACAAAUACAACAUGUCAAUGAAGAGCUGCAAAGUGAAAUAAACAGGAAAAACGAACAAAUUUCGCACAGUACUAAUGAAAAUCAGAAGCUGGAUGAACAAAUUGAAGGUCUUGAGCAUCAAAAUGAACACCUCAGGAACACGGUUGGAGAAGCCAGCAGAGAAAUCAGCAUGCUACGCGAUGAGAAUAAAAAUUUGAAACAAAUUGUUGAAAGCUACGAAGAUCAAUUGGAAAAAAUAGGUGAUGUGGGUGGAGAGCUAAAUGUAAAGAACUCUGACAUGCUGAAAAUGAACCAUGAAUUCACGGUGGCAAAAUCAAAGCUAGAGGAUGAAAUAGAAAUUCUAAAGAAAAAUCAUGAAGAACAAACGGAAAAGUUGAAGGACAAUGACUCGGUGAACAAAAACUUAGUAGCAGAAAAAAAUACACUUACAAUUGAAUUAGUUGAGGCUAACAAAGAAAUCGAGAACUUGCAGGAAAAAACAAACACUCUUCUUCAAAAACAUAGCGAAGAACUUGCACGAAUUGAAAACCGCAAUAAUCGUUUACUUGAAGAGAAUGAGAACUUCAGUAAAUAUUUGAAAGAAGCUGAAAGUACUGUUGCACAACUUUCCGAGCGAGAGCGAAAGUUACAAAAUGCAAAUAUUGAAUUGACUGAAAGACUGGACCACUUAGAACGUAAUCAUCGGGACAUAAAAACGGAACUGACGCAAAGUAAUGUCGAAUGGGACGAUGCUGUAUUGAAUGAACAUGCUGUUGAAAUAGAAAAGCAUCGAGAACAUAUAAUAUCUUUAAAAAAAUCAUUGAAAGAAAAAGAGGACGAAUUAUCCAGUGCCCAUGAAAUGAUUCAAAGACAACAUCAGCAACUUACGAUAUUUCCAGACAGCAAAACCUUUCUUGAUAAUGGUGAAAAUUCACAGUUGAAUAUAUUACGAGAAGCCAACCUGAAGUUGCAACAAGAGAAGGGCGCACUGCAUAAAGAGAAGGAGUUAUUAAAAAUUAAGUGCGCUUCAGUAGAGAAAGAUUUGUCGGAAAACGAGUUAGUCGUGAAUGCACUGCGUAAACAAAAAGUAGUCACUGAAAAUAAAAACAAAGAGCUUCAUAUUUUGUUGGAUCAAGUGAACACCAACGUUGCAGAGUUGGAAAAAGCAAAGUCAUUUUUUGAACAAAAGUGCAAAGAAGCUGAAGAGGUCAAAGAGCAACUAAUGGUUCGAGGGGAUGACGUGUUAGAGGAGAAAAAUACUUUAGAUAUGAGUUUGAAGGAGAAAAGUUCUUAUUUAGAUGACAUGGAAAAAAAUCUGACUUUAGCUACAAAACAAAUAUUUGACUUACAAGUGAAUAUAGAAAAAGAGGUCCACGAGAAAGAAAUGGUCGAGUAUGAAUUGAAUAAUUAUAAACUAAGAUUGGAAGAACUAGAAGAAACAAAGAAUAAUUUGAGCUUGGAACUAAAAGAGACAGAAAAGGAGGCAAAACAAUUUAAACUGAUGGAAAAUAACGCCAUGCAAAAUAACUUGUCUUUAGAACAAACUAUCAUGAAAAAAGAGCUGGAAUUCCAACGGUUGCAGCGACAAUACUUAGAACUGGAGGCAAAGCAUAACAACCUUUCAGAAGAAUUAGAACAAACUAAAAAACUCUUGUCUGACCUUGAAGAUGGAAACAGUAAUAUGAGCAUUCACAACGGUGUAUUUAAUGAACGCUUAAAGAGCUUGGAAAGUCAACUGGAAAAAAAAGAUGGUGUCAUAUCUGACCUUCGAAAAGAAAAUAUGGAACUAGUUAAUUUAAAGGAUAAACUGCUGCAAAUUAAAGCUGGCUUAGAGGACGAUAUCGCAAGAGUAUCAUCAGAAAAAGAAGAGAUUUAUAAAGAGCUUACAAAUAUACAAGAAAACGUAGUCCCAAAAGAUAUGUUUCAGGGAACCGAAUCACUGUUAGCAGAUCAAGUAAAAAUUAACAAAGAGUUGACAAAAAAAUUAACGAUUGCUGAAUCAACUGCAAACGAAUUACGAGACAGCGUUGUGUCCCUGAAAGCAGAUAUUAAAAGAGAAAGUGAUAUUUCCCAAGACAAACUUCGCAAGGUAACUCUUAAUUUGGACAUCAAAAUAAAAAUUAAUGAAAGUUUGGAAAUAAAAUUAAAACAGGCUGAAGAGAAAUAUAAUCAACUGGUUAAAGAACAUGAUCAGAUUAUGGAAGAAGUUGAAGAUAAAAGAUCAAAUUGUGCAUCUAUGUGUGAGCAAUUGGAAAUCAUCACUGCAGAAAAAAGUGAACUGAGACAAGCUUUGGCGUCAAGCAAAAAGCAUUGUGAUGCCAUGAAAGAGGAAACAGAGAAAGAGAAAGCUAAAGUGCAAGAAAUGAAGCAAAAGUUGUUGGAGCUUCAACGCCAGCUCUUGCAACAACAACGCACUGAAGAACAACUGAAAGAAAGAAACUCUACCCUUAUUCAAGAAUUGGAUGAAAUAAACGAUAGGUACGAAAAUUUAAAAAAAUCAAUGUCGGUGUUGAGAAGUCAAGUAGAAGAAAAAGAAAUAAAGAUGUCUCAGUUGGAGUCGCAAUCAUCUAACUGUAGCCUUAUGCAGGAAGAAGUGGAAAAAUACAAACGCAAGCUGGCAAAUGUAGCAUCCAGUUAUGAAAUUUGCUCUCAAAAACUGGAGCAAAAAGAAGUUGAGCUAAGCAGCAUAAAUAAAAAGUUUUGUGAGGUAGAAAUUAAGUUCAAAUCUUCAAUAGAAAAUGAAAUUCGGUUAAAAAGCUUACUAGAGGAAACAGAAGACUUGUCUGUGUCAAAAGAAGCUUAUAACUUGGUAAGAACGCAGUUAAACGAAAAAAAUACAAAUGUCGAACUUUUGGAAAGUAAAAUUCUAAACUACGAAGAAAAGUUGAAGCUUUUAAAUAGAAGAAAUGAAAAAUAUGGUGAGUUAAACGACAGUUUAAAGCAUUCCUUAGAAGAAGCACUGAAUGAAAUUAAAGCAUUGAAGCUUAAUGUUUUAAAGCAAAAGGAAGAAAUAGAAUUGAACCAAAGAAAAAUGAUCGACCAGCGUACAAUUUUUAAAGAAAUGGAAGAUGAUAACACACGGAAAGGUAAAGAACUUCUGGAUAAAAUGGAAACCAUUGAGAAGUUAUCGCAGGAAGUUGAGGAAGCAACGUUAAAAAAUGAUGAUCUCAGACAUGACAACAAUAACAUGCAACUAAAAAUAGACAACUUAUUGAAUCUUAACUCUGAGUUAAGCAACAAGGUCGAACUUUUAUCAGAACAGAUAAAAGAUAAAAACAAAAUGGUGUCGGGUUUAAAAUAUAAAAGCGAACGGAUUGAACGAAAAGAACAAGCAUAUACAAGUGAAUUGGAACAAUGUCGCGCCUUAUUACGCAGUGAGGAAAAAAAAUGCAACGAUGUCCAAAAUAAGUUGGUUGAAUUGACCAGAAUAGAAGAAGAACAAGUAGAAACUAUUGAAGACUUGACUCAACGCAAAGAUGAGCUAAACAUGGUCGUCAAUAAAGUUAAACAUGAAAUAAAUAUAUUGGAGGGGAAGUUGGAAGAAACGAGUGGUGAAUUAGAUAAAACCAAACAGGAAUACGACAUGAUGUAUAGGAGACACAAUGCGAUUAAAAAUAAGCUAAAGGAAACAGAGAAUGAGAACAAAAAUAACAUGGAAAACUUGGCCCUACUACGUUCCAACCACGAAGAUGUUACAAAACAACUAAAAAAUGCUAAAACAGAAGUCACAAGCUACCGAAAUCAAGUGACAAGAAUAAGUGAUGACCUUGAGGAAAGCCAAAAAAAGAAUUCUAUACUGGAAAAUGAAAAUAGUAAUUUAAAAGAAAAGUUUCUAGAGAUGGAAACGGAAUACUCAGAACUUUUAGAAAACUACGACAACUUACAAAAGAAUGCUGAUGUAACUGCUGAAGAGUUGGAAAUGACACGCCAUUCGCUGAAAAAGUUGGAAACCAGCAAAAAACAUAUUGUUAACGAAAGAGAGGUUAUGAAAUCUGAGGUUGAUACUGUUUCUGAAAAACUGACAGCUUUAAAUGCAGCCCUUGAUCGUAGCAGAGUGCAGCGUCAGCAGCUUUUAGAAGAGCUAAAUCAUUCAAAACACAAAGCGAAAGAUUUGGAAACUGCUGGUGAAGAGAGUAAGCAAGCCAUUGUGAAAAGGCUUGUGGAAACGGAAAACAAAUUAUCAGCUGCAGAAACUCAAUGUGAGGAAUUGAUGGAUAAAAAUGAAAGUUUGAUGAAAAACAUAUCAUCGAUUGAAAGAACGAACCAAGAACUGAGCAGUCACAACAAAAGUUUGCAGAUCGUGAAGAAGGAAUCAGACAUUAAACUGAAAGAAUUGGAAAAAGAGCUGGAGCAAAGAAAACAAUGCACGCAAGAGCUAAUUGAAGAGAUUUCAGAACUUCAGAAAGAACGAGAAAUUAUUCAGGAAGAAUCAAACGCAAAGGACAACUCCUUAACCAAGGCGCAAGAAAAGUUGACCGCAUUGUUUCAACGAGUAGAACAGUUGGAGCGAGAUACAAACGAACUAAGCACGAUAAACAAGCGCUUAAAUAAAGAAAGCAAAAAACAACAAAAUGACUUAUUAAGAGCCAAUCAUAACAUAGAACAGUUUCGAAUAAAUGAAGCAUCCUUAGAAAAGCAAUUAGAGGAUGGGAAACGGACUCUAAAGAGCACAUCUCAGCAUGUUUCUGUGGUAGAGGCGGAAAAGUGUGAAUUGAUGGAAAAAUUGACAGAUGCAGAAAACAGAAAAGAAUGUGUGCAAGACGCUUUAGAUAGAUUACAAAAGAAUUUCGAAAGCAAAUGUAAAGAAAUUACUACAUUUGAAUCUGAAGUCAUAAAUUUGUCACGUAAAUAUGAAAUCUCAGAAAAGCAAGCAAGACAAAGAGAUGAUGAAUUAAGAGAUGUGACCAAGAGAAGUCACGAACUUCAACAACAAUAUGUAGCCCUUGAUGAAGCUUUUCAAAAUGUUAACAAUGAAUUAAGUCGUUACAAAGGCGAGGUGCAAUGUUUGGAAGCGUUGAAAGAAAAUCUGGAGAAAGAGCAUGAAAAAGUUAUAAGUGAAUGCAUUGAAUUUAAAAGCAAGGCUGAUUCCAUGGAUAGACUGAAUGAAAAAAAAUUAAAAGAGAAUUCAGAUCUUAAAUUAAGUUUGGAGCACCAACAAGGAUAUUUGUUGGCAAAAACCAAGAAGAUUCGUAUUCUCGGAGAAGAAAAUGAUGAGCUGAAGAGAAAAGUGGGAAUUUAUGAACAAGAGAAAAAAGAUGCUGUCGCUGAACAAUUGCGGAUUUCAAACAGUAAUCAGCUUUUGAGUGCAAAGUUAGAUCGUAUGCAAGAUGAAACGUUGCGAGAAGUAACACAAAAAUAUACAGAAACCAUUAAGUUGAAAGCCGAGUUGGAUGCUGUGAAGCGCGAACUGCAGAAGCGAAGUCGAAACUUGGAGAAACAAUUUUCCUCUACAAUAAGCGAAAAUGAAUUUGUAUCUAUGGAGAUAAACUACAAAAAAGAAAUCGUAAUGCUUAAGGAGCAGCUUGAAAGGUUAUGUGAAGACGAAGCUAAAAGUAAAUCUGAAUUAAAUCUAACAAAAAAUAAAUUUAGCAUGUAUUUAAAGGAAAAAGAAAGACUUGAAUCCGAGCAAGCACAGCUAUUAUCCGAGUUAGAAUGUGAAAAAUCAAAAACAAAGGUUUGCGAAAGGCAAUUAGAAGCCUACAAUAAGAGACAAGAACGUGAAAAGGAAACUGGUAAAAGAAAACUUGAAGGAGUAUGUCAGGAUUAUCAGAAUAGAAUAUCAUAUCUAGAAAACCAAAUAGAAGCUUUGAAAACAACACACAGUCUUGAGCUAGAAGCUAAAAAAGUUGAAGUGGACUCUCUUAAAAGAGACUUGUCCAAUAAGCGAAAUGAUAGGUGGUAAAUUAAAAUGCUAUUUUAUGAAUGAAUCGUCAACUAUUCUGUGUAGCAAAAAAAAUUUACAUUGGAA